GGCGGCAGUUUUCAAUCCCAUAAUUUCAACGCGUCGCAUCCACUGACACGAGGACAACCUAGCAUCAUGGCAGCAAAAAUGGACAAAGUCGACAUGUCUUUAGACGAUAUCAUCAAACAGAACAAGAAAACCGUAAGAGGAGGAAGAAGAGGACGCGGAGGAAGAGGGAGAGGGAGAGGUGGACCAUUAAGAAGCGGUAGAGGACGCGGAGUAACCAAGAAUAGACCGACGCCAUAUUCAAGACCCAAACAGUUACCAGACCGAUGGCAGCAUGACCUUUUUGAUGGCGAUAGCGGUUUCAGAGGAGGAAGAAACCGUGGCGGUGGUAUCUCAACCGGCUGCAAACUUCACAUUUCAAACUUGGAUUUUGGUGUUUCAGAUUCGGAUAUUCAGGAAUUGUUCAGUGAAUUUGGAGAUUUGAAGAAGGCCACAGUCCAUUAUGAUGCCUCUGGUCGAUCUUUAGGCACAGCUGAGGUUAUUUUUCAACGACGAGAUGAUGCACAGCGUGCCAUGAAACAGUAUAAUGGAGUUCCUCUUGAUGGAAGGGAAAUGAUAAUUGAGUUGGUGUCUGGUUCAUCAAAUGUUGGUGGUGGUGGUGGUGGUUUCCAAGGACUAGGGCAAAGAAGGCGCCAACAGUUCAAUCAAAGCAGAGGGGGUAACAGUAGAAGAGGCAGAGGACGAGGUAGAGGAAGGGGAGGAAGAGGAGGUGGCCCUCAAAAAGCUAAUGUUACAGCAGAAGAUCUUGAUGCUGAACUGGAUGCUUAUCAUGAAGAGGGAGACGUAGACAUGGAUGAUGAAUAAACAAGCUUUCAUCUCCCUUAAGCAUGGAUACAUACUUUGGAAACCAGACCUAGAACACAGAUGUUAGAGAUUAAGCUACUGAAUAUUUGCUAAUCAACAUUUUUUGACAUAUAUGGCAAUUUCAAAUUGCUUUUCCAUUAGAGGAAUUGUCGAUGCAAAUUUUGAAUUUUCCAGAAUUGUUCUUGGUUAAUUGGAUAUAUAUAGAUGUUAAUGAAAACUAUGCAUUCAACAAAGCCAAAUUAAUAGUCUGCAUAUCUCUUAAACUAUUUUCUUUCAGGUAUAUUUAUGUUUUUUGUCACAUGUUCACUUAUCUGCAAUAUGAUUUAUUGACACUUCAGGUAGUGAAGCAUGUCAGUGCUUAUGUAUUACUGUUAAAUAAGAAAUUUUUUUUUGUUCUCUAAGACAGUAGUUGAUCAGGGUACCUUAAGUUUCCUCAAUUUUGUUUCACUAUUCAUUUACUAAGGUUUUAAUGUGCCUAAGUUAUACAUUUGCCAAAACAGUUUUUUAACCUUGUUAAAUAAAUAUAGAUAUUUGUUUGAUUGCUUUUCAAUUAUAAUUUGUCACACCAGUAGAGCAUUGUGAAAUUUUGUCUUGUGUACAUGACAUGGAAAAAGAGAGCUGAUAAGUGGGGCACUGAAGUGAAUACAAUGAAAAUGUUAUUCAACCCGACCAUGAUAUGGAUUUGUUUAAACUAAUGUUUCUGAUCCAACUGUUCAUAACUUGCCCAACUUAACUACUAACAUAGUGGUUUAUGUGAGCUUAUUCUAGCCAGCAUUUUAAGUGUGAGAGGUUGCCUUGUGAAAGAUAAUUUUUUAUUUUUCAACCAGUAACUUGUCAAAGGGGAAAGAUUUUAAUGAUCAGAUCAUUGAAGUUCUAUUGCAUCAAAUCUCUUGUGAUGUGUUAGUUAUUCAUUAAGAUAAUUUGCAUACUUUCUCAGAGGAUGAGAAUUUGAGAUGUGAAAUAAAGUGUUGUUUGUAGAAAAUUUU